CUGGGGACUAGUAGUAUUUGUCGUUUUUCUCAUUGUGGUUUCAAGCGACAGGAGUCUACUACGUCAAGUUUGGAAAGGUUCUGGUUCGUUCUCUGCCGAUUUCUCCCUUCGAAACGAUGCCUAAGAAGUUCAAAGGUGUCAAUUCAAAGGCGGAGGAGGCCAGGGCGAGAAAGGCGUCCAAUAAAUCUGCGGAGAAAGAGCGAAAAGAGAGAGAAGAAGAGGACAAAUUAUGGGAAGACGACGAUAAACACGUCGCUAAAAAGCAGCAAAGAAAGGAGCAACAGGAAAAAAAGCGAUUGGAAGCUCUUGAAAGGAAGAAUGCAGCACGGCAAAUGCUAGAGGAAGAGGAAAAAUCUCUCAAAGGGAAAACAUCAAAUUCUUCAGCAAAGAUGACCAGAGCACAGAUAACUGAACAUCAAGCAAAACUAGCAGCAGAACAAGAAAAACUCCAGAAACAAAAGCAGCAGGAAACCAUUCAUGAUGAACCCCUUGAGGAAAACCCUAACCAGAAAAUGGCAGAGCUGUUGGAAGCAGAGGGUGCUGUCGAAGCUAGAAGUGUAGAGGAAGCCAUUGCAACGCUGAGUGUGGAACAAAAAAUUGAGAAGCACCCUGAAAAAAGGUUAAAGGCUGCAUAUGCCGAAUUUGAGGAGAGAGAACUACCUAGGCUCAAACAGGAAAAUCCUAAUUUACGUUUGUCACAGUUAAAGCAAAUGCUAAGAAAAGAUUGGAUGAAGUCUCCUGAAAACCCUCUAAAUGCUGCUCAUCUGGCUUACAAUGCAAAGCAGUAAUAAGUGCAGUGAAAAUAUCUAAAAUAGUAACGAAACGGAUCACUAUUGUGGCUACAGUUGAAGUUAAUGUAUAUGAAGAGUUGCGGUUUGUUUGUGGAAUGAAUCAGCCGGCAUAGAAUGCAACAAAUGAACAUGUGAUCAACAGAAAAAGUAUCUUUUGGACAUUAUAUGAAAAUUUUGUCCCUUGAAAUGUAAAAAGAAAAAAAAAACUCUACCACUGCCAUCUUUCAUAGCCAGAAAAAUAUCCUUCAAAACCUA